CCUCAUCUUGCUACCCUACUUUCCCAUAUCUAUCCCAACGCGGUAUCCGGUAUUCCUGGCUAGCUUCCACUACUAUAAUGAAAUUCCCGCGGCCAAGUCCAGUUAGAUCCUGAGGAAGUCAAUGGGAAAACGUAGAAAAGUGGGCUAGUUCAAAAUCCAAUCGACCUUCAAAGUAAUGCUUCAGGACACCACUGGCAUCUUUUCCUUUAUUGAAAGGAAUCUACUAGAGGUCUUGUCUAGACUGUCCUGGCAUUACCAACCGUGUUGAUGAAGGAACCCCUCCAACACCCCUCUGUCACCUUAGUCCUCGACCAAUUAUCAGGCUUUACAAUCGAUGAAUGGGGAUGCAGAUUUUCAUAAGCAAUGCACGAAUCAACCAGCGCCGAACAAAUGGUGGGCAAUGUCUCGCCAGCACGCAGACUUCUGGCUCGGACGGAACCAAUAUCGUCGACGGCACAACCACCAUCCCCAACCGUGCCUGGUCAUUGGCAAUCUAGGAGCUCCCCGACCAGCACACUGAACCCAUUAGCUAGUAGCUGGCCGCCCUUUUUAUCCCCUUCGAAUGCUGGGAAUCUUAACCCUACUAGUUUCCGCUCUCCGGCCAACUCAUGGGAUCAUGAGGAUUACAAGAAACACAGCGCAGCUUUAGCCUCUCACACAAAAUAUUUGACAUCUUCAGUUCAAUCGGCCCAAGGUCUCGUCCGGCCACCACAUGAAGGACGCCAAAGUGUUCCGUUUUCUCCCCUGCCGCAGCCCAGGAGAUAUUCAGCACCUAUCCCUAGAAACCAAACGAGCCCAGAAGAGACGUGUGGCUUGCGAAAUUGGGACGAUAUUUUUACUAAUUUGCUGCCUAAUAGGAGUGCUAAAAAAUCUUUAAACGUUGACUCGCCGUCAUUUACCCCUACCCAGCUUGGGGGCAAAAAAACCAACUUUUCAACGAAUGCCACACCAUUCACACCCAGGGGGGCUGCUACAUCGACAGCCUCAGCCUUGCAACAAGAUACCGGUGCCUCUUUAUAUAAACCAGCACCUUUUGCUGAUUUUGCUCCUCAAAAUUAUGACUUGAACACGGCAACCCCAACCAAUGGUUCAACAGAUGCAGGAUCGCUUAACUAUGAUCCUUUCACUAUGUCUAGUGUCAGCCAGGCACUUCCUUCCGCACAGUACAAUCCCUAUGCCGAAGAUCAUAAUGCGUUAACCGGAGCUGGUGCGUCGUAUUUCACGGCUCAAAAUUCGUAUUCAGUUCCAUCCCAACCUCUCCAAUACCAUCUCUACUAUCCCAUCACUUCAGGGAGGGAGAACCUACAGCCUUACCAGCGACAAGUUCAUGACUUGUUUAUUCCCGAAUCCGUCAGAGAAGAACUUCAAAAGAAGUCAGAGGCUGCUAGACAGGUACUCCCGAGCCAGCCUGGGGUGCAGCUGCCUUCCCUCCAGCAUUAUCACUCUCUCGUGCCUUUAGACACUAAGAUCAGAAGUACGACGAGCACCUUUGGCCUUUCGAGCUGGGUGUUCAAAGCAACUUCUCGUAAAAAUGGCAACACAUUUUGCCUAAGACGAAUCGAAGGAUUCCGCCUUACCAAUGAGGAGGCAAUCAAAGCCGUGAACUCGUGGAAGAAGAUCAUACAUCCCAAUAUAGUCACAACGAUCGAAGCGUUCACUACAAGAGAUUUUAAUGAUAGUUCCCUUGUAUUUGUUCACGGCUACCACCCUUUGUCAAAGACACUAGCAGAGCAUCACUUUCCCACCAACCGCUAUGGCCGCCCAGCACCUGUGUCUGAGAAGGUAUUAUGGAGUUAUCUAGUGCAGCUUGCCAGUGCUCUCAAGGCAAUCCACAAGGCUAAACUUGCGGCACGAUGUAUCGACAUCAGCAAGAUAAUUCUCACGGAUAAAAACCGCAUCAGACUUAGUGCGUGCUCAAUCUUAGACGUACUACACUUUGAAGUACCUCGUCGGAUCGAAGAACUGCAGCAAGAAGACUUUUUCAACCUGGGCCGGCUCCUAUUAAGCAUUGCGAGUAACACGCCUCUACGAAACCUUGGCGACUUACGACUGCCUUUAGAGCAACUUGGUAGGACUUACUCUCCAGAGCUGAAGGAAAGGAUAUCUUGGCUACUUACCCCAUCAGCAAACCUGUCAGUGAAAACAGCAGAGCAUUUGGUAUAUGACCUUGCCCAGCAUGCUGACGACGUGCUGGUGGCGUCCUUCAAUGCGCAAGACGAGGCAACCAUUCAUCUAGGCAAGGAACUCGAGAAUGGCCGGUUGGUGAGGUUAAUGGCGAAGCUAGGCUCUAUUAACGAACGACCAGAAUUUGAUAAUGAUCCCAACUGGGCCGAGACUUCAGAACGCUAUACUUUGAAGCUAUUCCGAGAUUACGUCUUUCACCAAGUUGACACCCAAGGAAAUCCAUCCGUAGAUCUCGGACAUAUCGUCAGCUGCUUAAACAAGCUAGAUGCUGGAGUUGAUGAGAGGAUAUACCUCACCAGCAGGGACCAUCAGUCAACUUUUAUAGUUUCGUAUAAGGAGUUGAAGAAGCAGGCCCAGGGUGCAUUCAGCGACUUGCUUAAGGCAAGCAACAAACCACAGGCAAGCCGGGGCUACUAGGAGAAUCUAAGUGCUUGCCGUUUACGAACAACAAAUAGAUCUUUCCCCGACUCCCCGACUCCAGGAGACAGAAGAUGGCAGAUGUGGUGAGGCUCUUGGAUCAGCCGAGAGCUCGGAGACAAUACGGGCUCCCGGAAUAUGAAGACGAACGAAUUCCAAUUUGGGAAAACGUACAAGACCCGGUAGAAAAACUGGGUAGUAAUAACACUGCUGGGCAUAGCAGGUAUAGCGCGCGGCCUUUGAGGGCAGAAUCUCAAGAAACAACUCAACAAGAAAGCGGGAGUUAAAAAUAGGAGAACUGAA